AUGGCAACAUCUCUGGCUCUUGCUAUCUUUGGAAUGUACACGGUCCAGGGAAGUCUCAUGGGCCUGGCAGAAAACACUUUGCCACGCUUGUUGAAUCGAGGGAGCGCAAACCUGGAUGCAAGCCAGGUGCUUGCAAUUGCCAAGUUGCCUGCGGCGUUGAAAAUCUUCGCUGCGCCAUUGAUGGACUUUCUUGGACCCCGUCUGCCAGGCAACUUCAAGGGUCUGGUGGUUCUAUUUCAAGGCUUAGCUCGCAGCAGUCUUUUCUUGCUGGCACCGUUGAUGAGUCCCGUUGAGCGUCACGCCAGUGCGCAUCUGGCCGCUGAAUUGCGCUGGCCACUGUUUUGGGCAGCAUUCUUCGUGGCAAUGGGUGAUCUGGUGCUGGAUGCAUAUGCCGCAAGCCAAUUCAAAGAGGAUUCCAGCCAUUUGCCAGCACUUGCCCAAGUCGCAGGUAUUCUGGCAGGCAAGACUUCAUCAAAAUCUGGGUUCUUCUUGCUCCACAAGAUGGACAGGUUAGACCUUCCCAGUUUUGUGCAAGUGCUGGGUUCACUGACCUUGGCUUGUAUUGGGGGUGUUUUGGCUGUCGGUGGACGUGGAGACCUUCAUGGACAAGGACAGUUCUCGUUGAGACAAACUUGGGAGUUCAUGACCCGGCGUCCCAACAUGGCUCACUGGCUGCUGUACCAGUUGCUGCUUCCGGCAAUGUAUCUUCACGCAGUCACCGUCUUGCCCAGCCGUUACGAGCAGCGACAGGUUCAUGGUGAGGACUUGGCAGCAUAUGAUAUACCCUUUGCGAUGCUCGUUGAGAUCUUGCUUGUCUUCGCCUCGCGCAUGGCGAACACGGACCGACAUCCGCUUGGCUUCUUCGUCAAGGCUUACAUCCUACAAGCAUUGCUGAUCGUUCUGAUGCUAUCACAGUACAGGCUGAUGUCAUCCACAGAGCCUCCCGGAAUGACGCAUUUCAUCUUCACGUACACAAUCCUCAACAAGACCCAAGACCUGCUUUUCUUCGUUUUUGAAGUGGGUGAAUUUGCUUUCUACGAUCGGGUUGCUUUGCUGCAGCCAGAGAUGAAGUCGACUUUGAUUGCUUUGCAAACCUCAGCUUUCAAUUUUGCCGAGUUCAUGCACUCUUGGCUCGCACCAAAGCUAGUAGAUGCGGCAUCCACCUGCAAACUGGAGGGUACCACAGGAUAUCUUCAGUGUGAGUUCGAUGCAUACCCUCUGGUCGGAUCAUCUCUGUUGAUAGGCUCCUGCCUAUUCUUGGCCGUGUCGUGGGGCAAGAUCCACCGAUACCAAGAUGUGAUGGAUAAAGGCUGGGCCCCUCAAGAAGCCACAAUCACGAGGAGCAUGUUUGCUGGCCUCCUGCUGGUAAGUAUGGCCAUCUUCGCUGACUUUGGCUGUGGUUCGGUGGUUCGGGGUGUGGCGGAUUUGGAGAAGAGCAGGUCUGACGGUAGCUACGACUUCUUCAAGCCACUGGAGGCUUUGCAGCCGGGCUUGGUGGGACGCCUGUCGAAGGAGGUGAUCUACGAGGAGGUGCCGGCUGACGUCGUCAUCUUCCGGCAGCAGGAUGAGCCCGAUGGCUGCUGGGUCGUCAUCUCUGGUUGCGUUGGGGUCCAUCUCUGGCGGAACAGCGAGCUGCUGGACGAAGAGGUGCCCACGCCCCGCGACGCGUUCGACCCCUCUUCCUUUGAGCUGAAGGGCGCGCCGAAGCACCAGCGCAGAAAGGGGAAGCUGCGGAGCACUCGCACCUUUGCAGCUCUGCCGACACAUCUCGCAGAGGAGGAGGAGCCGAAAGCCGAGUCUGCCAACCCUGCGGGGAGCCCCAGUGGUGGAAGUAGGCGGAUGCUGCUGCCUCGCUCGCAGACUAGUGAAAGCAUGGAUGGGAAGGACGGCAAGGGCAAGGACAAGGACGUUCCACGGUAUCGGAGUUUCGAGGGCUUCAGCACCUACACAGAGAAGUCGAUCCUCGGUGUGCAGGUGGCCCAGCUGGGGUCCGGGCGCAUUUUUGGGGAACUCGCGCUGCAGAACACGAAGCCGCGUGCUGCGACCAUCAAGUGUGCAGAGGAUUCCGCCUUCUUGCGGAUUCCGUAUGCAACUUACCAGGGUGUGGUCAAGGAGAUCUUCGACGAGGCGAAGGCAGUGGAAGAAUCCAUUCGCAUCCUCAAGACCAGCGCCUUCUUCCGGGACCUGGAGCGCAAUUCCCCGGGGUUGAUCAAAGAGCUGGCUUCGCGCGGGUGUACGAAGAUCGAGGAGCGGCGCGAGCAAGUUCUUUUCCGACAGUUCGACCCACCUAACAACUGCUACAUCCUGCUCGAGGGCUCGGUCGACGUCUUCAUCUACAAGAAGACCAAGGAUAAGAGCGUCAGCCUCUUGAGGAAAGACGAUCAACCGACACCACGCCACCAGGAGCCGAUCGACAAGAAGACGACAAUCACGGAAGCGGCGAACAUGUGGAAGCAGCAAAAGGAGGCUGAGAAAGCGAACAAACUCAGACCGAUCAACAAGAAGGACAAAAACCGCAAGUUUGAGCCCUGGCCGGGAGAGUUCACGCGCUACAAGACCACGGAGGGCUUCAGCACUUUUGCCAAGGACUCGAAGUACGGGAAGCUGGUGACCACGCUGAAGCCCGGAGCUGUCGUCGGGGAGCUCGGGCUGCGGAAUAACGAGCCGCGCGCUGCGACGAUUCGGUGCGCGGAGAAUUGCAAGUUCCUGGUGGUGGGGAAGAACAUCUUCCUGGAGGUCCUGAAGGAGUGCCUGGAGAUGAUGCGAUUCUUCAACCUUCACUUGCCAGGCCUCUUCAAGCUGGAGUACACGAACGGCGUCCACCCAUGCGUCUACUUCCAGGAAAGGGUCUUUCCGCCAGACUUUGACUUCAUGAUCGAAGGCAUCGUCGCUGCGGAGCCUGCUGCCUACUUGAUCAGGGAGGGCACCGUGCGUUUCCAGCGGCACAAGUACGCCGGUGAGAACUGGGUCUACGCGCAUCGGCAUGCGCCCCUGACACGCUCGAGGCUACCCGACCUCCCAGCCUACCACCAGUACUCGACCUCCUCCCUGCGGAAUCGUCGGAUCCUGGAGCUGCAGGGUCAUGGUCAUGCUUCGCUCGUCUGCAACUUCCGCACUCAGCUGGGAGAUUUUGGCAGCGAGUCGCCAAAGUUCAGCAAGCUGGGAAGCGAUUUGGCUCGGCCACAGACAGGGGCUCCGAAAGAAACCCGCCUGGUUCUCUGCGACGAGAUCAAGGAGCCCAAUCUUUUCUGCAGCAUGCCCUUUCUCCCACUGCCGGUUGCGGAGCCAUUCUCUGUGAAGGCGAGCACUGCCGUGAAUGCCUUCCACCUCGGCGGCCCAUCGGUGGAGAAGAUGCCGGUGCAGCUUCUGAAGGCCAUGCGGGAGGUCCUCUUCAGGGAGACGACCAGCCGUACAAAGGCCAACGACGUGGACCCCUUCCCGAUGCCUCCGGACCUCCGGCCCGCGACCUCCGCGCUUUCGGAGGUCGCAGAGAGCGUGUCGGUGAAGCCAUGA